AGAAUGGUACAGCGGGCCGCAUGCAGCAUCGAGCCGAACACAUUCCCCAAUGGCGUACGGAUCAGCGACCGGGACGGAAGAGACGCGGACGUGGUCGCGCCGGAAGCGACAGUAAACCACGCACUGCGGCCUGUGCACGAAGAUCGGGGCGCGAGGUUCUCCCUGUUCAAGUGGUUCAAGCGGUCCGGCAAUCGGGGUUCGACCGUCGAGAAGCGGCGAAAGACGACCGACAAGUGUCGAGAGAAUGACAGGCAACAGCCGAGCAUCUCCUCCAGCGCGGAGAGCGUAGACACCUUCUACAGCACCACCACGGUACGCAGCUUCGCGUUCCACACCGGCACCCUGGGCAGAUGCGACGCCCUGUCGCUAGACAUCCUCGAGCAGGCGGCGGAAGUUGGCCCGUUCGCGGCUGGUGCAUCCAAGGUCACCGUUGGCAACAAAGAGAACGACGUCGCGGACGUUGCCUCCACUCUACCGACGAACGCUCACUCCCACAGACGGGACAUCACUGCCAGGUAUUCCCUGCAGCCAUCGGCGACCUUCACUUCCUGCGGAAACCUACCGUUUCCGGAAAGAAAGCCUCUGGGAUCGUUGAAGAGGCUCGACGACAGAAGACCCAGCUCCAGUGCGAGCUCCACGCGCAGGAGGGUGCACGUAAAGGGCAAGAGGCGCGCGCCGAACCCGCCCGCGGCUAGCCCGCCGGGGAUAGAUGCCCGCGACACGCCGAGGAACAGUAACAGGCGAAAGAGGAGAGCCCCGAAACCGCCGGACAAGAUCGUCGACGAGGAGCCAGCCGAGAGGAAGAGAGACGAGGAGGUGACCGAUGGCGGGAUGGACGUAGAGCCGCGCGGAGACGCCGGGGAAGGGCAAGCGAUCAGCAACGACACGCUGGUUCUACAGGGAGGCGUGUUGCUGUCGAAAAAAGAGAAGCCCGCCGCGAAAGAGAAGAAAGACACCGGUACUAGCACGACGGACACCGUCAUUCCACAGGACACUCAGACCACGGCACCGGCGUUCGGGACGCUGAACGCCGCGAUGCCACGACCUUGGUACAAACGGAGCGUAUUCGAGCAUUCCCGGGAUUCCGGGCCGUCCCGCAGGGGCGAUGUGCUCCGGGGGCCAGCAACCUCGACGAUCGAAAUAAAAGAAGACGCCGCGGCGGCGACGACGAGCCUAGCAUCCGCGAGCUACCCCGUGGACGCCUCUUUGUCGAGACUGAGCUUCUUCCACCGUGGACAGCCGGAGGAGAGGAAGAGGGAGGCGAAACGGAAGUCGGGUCUGUCGAUACUGACGAACAUCAGCGAGCUGGACAAAGAAGCCGCCGCGAUCGUGCAGGAAGAGCAAGCCAGAGCUAGAGCCUCCAUGCUGCUGAAGUCGUCGCGGUUCGUCGAUGCUUUCGAGAAACGGGACGUGAACGAGGAGAUCGUUCAAGAUAUAGUCACAUCCGCGAUGGAGAACUCUUCGCCCAGACGCGGCACUCGAGCGUUGAUCUCCAAGUUUAAUGCCAUCAGCAAUAUAACGAAGGUCACCGUGAACACCAACUUCUUCGCGAAGGGAGCCAGGGAGCAAGGAUCGAAGUUCGAAAGAGACACGAGGAAUGCGAGACAGAGCGACCCGUCGACGGACUGGAGGGAGCAGCCGAGAUUUUCGGCGCAUCCCGGCCAGAGCGGACAAUUCGAGAAGGACAUCUCCAGGUAUUUCCCACAGCAACAACAAAAGGCAGCUAGAAGCAAACCGGAAAACGCGGACGCCGCGAAGCUUCCAGGAAGCAGGAUCAGCGCUGGUAAGGAGCAGAGCGAUCGGCUGGCCACAGAGACCUCGAGCAGAAUAUCGUUCCUGCAGAGCCAACUCGCCGCAAAUCGAAUGAACGAACCGGCGAUUCUUCAGAAGGACACUGUAACGGCUGUAAUGGAGGAAAAAAUUCGAUCAAGGCAGGAAGUCGCCGGUGAAACGAAGGAACCGGAGACAAAACCGGCGGAGGAGGACGACGGAGGCGGGUUGUUUUCUCGAGGCCAGGCGAAGACGCACGCUACAAGCAUCCUGGAGGAUCCGAGAAGGAUGGACAAGCGUAAUUUCGACGGCGUGCAGAAAGAGUUCUCGGAGAUCUUCGAGGAGAUCGAUAAACAGCUUCGCAUCAAAGAGUUGAAGCACAUCGAUCGUCGGUCGUCGCGCGAGAGCGCGGCGACGGCCACUAAUCAGAGGGGCAAAGAUCCGAGCGAGGAGGCCGGAAUAUCAAGUAAGGUGACUAAAGUGCUCGACAUCCUGGUGGAGGCGGAGAAGGACGCUAAGACGAAGAGCAGCGCGGCUCAAUCGGAGAAAUCGAUGCCGUUCGAGAGCGACGCGCCGCGCGCGAGCGCGAAAUCGAAAUCGGAGAAGACCAGGUCCCCGAUACUCAGUACCGUCGAGGAUCCAAUUACUACGGACCUGAAGGAGAUGUUGAAGGAAAUGAAACACUCGUUACCGAAGCGGCCGAAACCGGACCGAAUGGCGGCACGUUCCAGCGACGUAACAACGAAAGUGACUAAGGAGAAAGAGACUGCUGCACGGGACAACAAGACCACGUACUUCGUAUCCGCGGUGACGAAGGUCGAGAACAUCGCCCUGCAGAACGAGUACGAGAUCGAGAAACAAAAGGUCUCGUGCUCGGUGCAGACCAGCGGGAAUUUGCGCAGGUUGCAUCAACCUCCUCCAUUGGAUCAGCCAUCCACGUCGGGAUGGAAACAGGAGAACGUUCUCUACAAAACAUCUGGGAGGAACUUGGGCGGUUCCGGGCUGACGAAGAACACCUUUCAGCUGAUACGGCCGCGGGAUUUCGCCGAGAUCGAGGCCACGAAGACCGUGAAGACCGCCGGUAACGAGAACACUUACGCGAACGUGAUGGAGCAAUCGAUUUACGCGAAUGCCCAUGUUCCCGCCUCGCCGAAACAACGUACCGGUUCCCCGAGGAUUAACGAAGCGAGGAAGAUCGAUAACGCGGCCGCGAUACCGAUCGCGUCUCCGUUGGCUGGAAGAAAGGCGAACGCGAACGAGGACGCGUUCAGCGAGGAAGAGGACAAUUCAUCGGAGAAGAACAUGAAUACGCUCGCCAUAAACCGAUUACUCAGAAAGUUGGAGGCAGCGAUCGCAUCCGGCCAUCAUCAGCAGGCGGCCGGCCUAGCGAAGGAGCUGGCACGACUGAAGAUCCACUGUUCCGUGAUUCGGCAGCGAUCGGCCCGUCUCAAAGAUCAGUUGAUUAAAGUCAAUAUGUACAUUGAGGACAAGCUUGCUCACCAGGGGCCCAUACCUCUUCAGUUGCCGAGCCGGAUGACAGUGGCCGAACUGAAGGCGAAAAUACACACGGAAUUCGAGAUACCCACGAAUGUGCAACGAUGGAUCAUCGGGAAGAACUUGGCCGACUCUGACGCUGCCACGCUGAAUGAGCUGCAGGCGGUGGACGGGUCACCUAUAUUUUUGUAUCUCGUUGCGCCAGAGUUAAAGCCUGCGAAUGUAACGCACGAAGACAAAGCUGACAACGCAGACAGAGUACCAACCGUAACAAAUGAAGAAGCUUCGUCUACAGAAGUGCUGGAGACUGUGGAAGAAGAUCAUGAAGUAGUCGAAGAACCCCAGGAGACAGAGGAAAGAAAUACGCCAGAGGAGGUGAAGAUGGAACGAUACGAAGAAUUGAUCUCGUUAGAGAACUGCGAUGUUAUACCGAAUUCCGAGCCAAUCGAAUGUCCCGUAUGCUUCGUUACAUACGGUCCACGCGAGGGCGUGAUAUUGAGAGAUUGCUUACACAUGUUCUGCAGGUCUUGUAUUGUCAAUACGAUUAGAUACUGCGAAGAAGCUGAAGUGAAAUGUCCUUACAGAGAUUCGGAAUACACUUGCGAGUCGACUCUUCAAGAACGCGAAAUUAAAGCU